AUGAUUAGUGCUAAAUUAUAAAUAUCGGAAAUACUUCUAUCAGACCUUCUACUAAUUCUUGCUGUUUCAUUUGGUAUAACAUAUCUCUAUUUAAGAGUCUUUUGUAUAACCUACUAUUCAAACUCUCAUCCUUGCAAGCAUUAUCAUUUUCUUUACUUUCAUUACGGCUUUCUAUAAAAUACAAAAUUUAAUACUCAAAAAGCAAUAAUAAAAAUAACUUCACAUAAUAUUUAACCUGAGACUUUUAACUAUCGUUUUAUUUUGUGCACUCUCAAAUUAAGAACUAACUUUAUUACUCAUAAAUCAUUUGGAUUUAUAGUUCAAUAUUAAAAUAGCUAUCCUAAGUAAAUUAACACUUUCAGCUAUCUUAUAUGAUUCUUCUAAUCUCAUUACACUACCUAAAAAUUUAGUAUUCUAUUCUUAUUUUUUUUUUGUAUUUCUACAGAUUGGAAUACAUUAUAAAUAUACAUAGAAUCAACAAAAUGAGUAACUACCAUAAAAACUCACUUAGGAUGCACCCCCAACAUUUCAUGCUAAAUCUUAAGAAAUUAAAUCGUUUAGAUAAGAUGAGAAUUCAAAAUCACCUGGAAUGUCAUCUUCUGACAUUAAACCAUUAUAAUUGAACAGUGUUUAACAAGUGAUAAAUGAAGAUGAUAUUAUCAUGACUAAUAUGUACUAAUGAGUGUAAAAAGAAUUAAGGUCGUGGAUUUCAAAUCAGUCUGUUUUAGUUUACAAUGUAGAAUUUACUAUUGUGUAUUAAACAUUCUAUCUUGGAAAAUUAUAGAAAAACAUAGGUGACAAAUUAGAUUGCGAAGCUAUGUUUUUGGAAUCUACCAUAAUAAUUGGGUGUAAAGAAAUAAAUGAACUCUUAGGUUAAUCAGGAUUUAGUGAUUCAAUAUUUAGUGAGUAAAUUUAUAAAGUAUAACAUUUAGCGGUUCAUUUUUAUUAAACAAUUUAAAUGAAAUUCAUAAAUGUAAAAUCAAAGGUUAGUUUUCACUUAAGGAUUUAACUAACUUAUUAAUUAAAGAUUUUGAGAAGUAUACAAAUUUAUUAAUAUACAAUAGAUGGAGAUUUUUUACUCUAACAAUAUUCAAAGUAAAAAAUGAUUUCUUAGAUUUUGAUGGAAUUCAAAUAAAAUUAUUUGUUAAUUAAAUAGAAAAUCACAAGUUUGUUCUAUUUAGUCUUGAACAUAUUCCAAUACCUUCAAAAAUGCAUAAUUAAGAAACAAACCUAGUUCUAUAAAACAUCUAUCUCACUUUUUCUCAUGAAUCAAUUAAUUAUGUAAAUUGUAUUCUCACAUAUCUUCUAAUACUUAUUCAUCAUAUUGAUCAAUAAAAUAAUGAAACAAAUAAUUAAACUAUUGUAUUUUUUACAUUAAUUUUAGAAUUUUGUUACCAAGGACAAAGAAGAAUAUUUUAUUAAUUGUUUAUAAAAUAUGAGAUAUUCAAGUUAAAGAUACACAUACUUUUUGUAUUCCAUGAAGGAUUAUAUCUUUUAUCUAACAAAUCAAUUAUUUUUUAAAAUGAAUGCUAUAAGAAUGGAAGAUCUUCUUGAUGAAUUACUCAUCAAUUUUGAACCUGUUUUACAACUCAAACAAAUUAAAUUGACAACUAGUGUAGAUUUAUAAGAUGGUAAUACAACCAUAUUUAGUGAUGCUGAUAGAGUAUAAUUACUUUAUAUUUUAGAUCAAAUAAAUUAUUACUUGUUUACUUAAUUAUUUUCUAUAAUCCUCAUCUAAAAGUUCUAUUAAAUUAGAAAUUAAGAGUUAUACUUUAUAAGGAGUAAUGAUCACUAUCAAAGAUACUAAAUCUGAUUUUGAUGAGUUAACUAAACAAAGAAUAAUAAAUUUAACUAAAAUCUUAAAUUAAUAAUUUAAAAACUAAAAAGCUGUUAAUGAAUUAGAUUUUACUAAUCCUUUAGAAUUAUAAAUGAGUAUUCUUUUAUGCUGGUAAUUGGCAGGUUCAUUCAAAAGAGGAUUAGAAUUUUUAAUUGAUAGUUAAGGAUUUUGUACAUUUACAUUUGUAAUAGAAUCUUAAACUUCUUAAAUGAAAUAUCCAAAUUCUGCAGCUGAUACUGGACCAAUUAAAAUAUUAGGCAAAAAAAAAUAUUUUGAAACAUCUUUAUCUUUAUUACUUUAAGAGAAUAUGAAUUCAAAUAAUCCAGGAGGUGGUGAAUCUAAAGUAUUAUCAUUCACUUAAUUGUCUAAAUAAUUUUCAUACAAACCUACUGAUCCAAUAGAUCUAUAGAGUGCUUAUUUUUCUUAACUUUCUAAAAUUCGAUAAGAAACUUCAAAUUCUAAAGCAUUUCCUAAUAGUGGCACAAUUCAUAAACAAUCAAGAGAACAUAGUGGAAGUUUUUCUGGAACUUUAAAAUAAUAGAUAUAAUCAGAUAGUAUUUAAUAAAUAACUAGAAUUCUAAAUAGAAACAAUUUGAGUGUUGUAGGUAAAAUAGAAUCUCCUCAUGAAUCCUAACGUACAUUUACUCUUAUUGAUUUUGGUCAAACAGAAUAAGCAGCCAAUUAAGUAAGAUUGCCUGAAUUCCAUCCAAAACUCUUAGCACAUGUCAUUAAAUAUAGAUUAAGAACUAAUUGUUGUUCAAAAGUACUUCUAUUAGAUAAUGAUCCAUUUUCAAUUAUUGUCUUAUAGAAAGUACUUCAGAAAUACGAUAUCAAAUGUGAUUAUUGUUUUAAUGGUGUAUAAGCUAUGGAAAUCAUAGAAAAUAAAAAAAAUCAACCAUGUCAUUGUGGAAAUCGCUUUUAUUUAUUAUACAUUAUCGAUCUGAAUAUUCCAGUAUUUUAAAUAUUUAUAUUAUAGAUUUUAUAAGGAGGAGAAUUUGUUUAAAGAAUUAAAUAAAUGAUGCAUAUGGGUAAUAUGGAUAAAGGUUUUGCUAUUGCAACAGCAACUUUAGUUGAUUUAAAUAGUAAAUUGGAGUGUUUUCGUAAUGGUAUGGAUUAUUUCAUUACUAAACCAUUUGAUUUAUUAGAGAUUAGUGCAGCAGUGACAUACCUUGAUUUUUGAAUAAUUUUGUAUCAUAG